AUGCAAACAGAAAUGCUCCCGAUGAAUGUUUGCAGGUCUCUAGAUCAGAUUAAUAGGAGCUUCAUCUGGGGAGAGACUGAUGAAAAGCAGAAGCUCCACCUGGUUCCCUGGCAACGAUUGUUGGCUCCAAAACAGAAUGGAGGUCUGGGCAUUAGAUCGACAAGAGAGGUUAAUUUAGCCAUGCUGGCUAAGGGUCGAUGGAGGGUAAUCAAAGAGAAAGAGACUCUUUGGACUCAGUUGGUUCGAUCGAAAUAUGGGAAAGAGCAAACUCAUCUCAACCUAUUGAGGCCUGUUCAGGGAAGUUCCUUUACCUGGUCUAGCCUAACUAAGGCUAGGAAUCUGCUUAGAAAGGGUUGCGCCUGGAAUAUUCAUAGAGGUAAUCGUACUAAUUUCUGGUAUGAUGUCUGGUUAACGCAGGUACCCCUUCAGGAACUGGCAACGGGCCAGAUACCGGAGGAGGAGCGAGAGCUCCUGGUUGAGGAUUUCGUGGACGAGGACAGGAACUGGAAGACGGAGAAAUUCGACCACAUACUCCCCUUGGACAUUGUGAGGCAAAUCACAGCGCGGGUGGUGGACCCUCUCUCAAUGGAAGAAGACACUCUGUUGUGGCAGCCAACGUCAAACGAAAGAUUCUCUACCAAGAGUGCCUACCAGCUACUUCAAGACACUAUCGACGACAAUAACCAUUAG